GUUACAAGCCCGGGCGGGGACCCUCGCGGGCGCGCGGGACGCUCUAGGACCCAGCAGCGGGUUAGGGUUUGGGACUGGAGGUGAAGCCCGGCCUUUCUCCUCCCGUGUGAAUGGGGCUGCACGCCAUGCCCAGCGCGCUGCCCUGCGGCAGCCUUUCCCCCGCCGCGGGACUGAACUAGUCAUGGUCGCCUCAUGUGGAGGGCAAAGUUGCGCCGGGGAACUUGUGAGCCUGCGGUGAAAGCAUCUCCUCCUGCCUGCUACAGCUCCAGCAGUCCUGGGCAGAUUCUGGAAGACCCACACUACUUUUACCCGGACUUUGGGCUCUAUCCUGGGAGGCAUGAAGCAUCUGCUUUGACAGUGGAGGGAAACACUGGGACGAGGGACACAGUUGUGGAGGAUCCUUUUUGUAACUUCCACUGCUCAACCUUCCCGAGGGCCUCGGAGGUGGAGAUGAGAGGUUCCGAGGAUGUGACUGCUGGAACAGUGUUACAGCGGCUGAUCCAGGAGCAACUGCGCUAUGGCACCCCCACCGAGAACAUGAACUUGCUGGCCUUUCAGCACCAGGCCGCAGGGAGCGCAGGACCAGCCCACGCCACAAACAGCUUUUCUUCCACGGAAAACCUCACUCAAGAAGACCCACAAAUGGUCUACCAGUCGGCACGCCAGGAGCCGCAGGGUCAAGAACACCAGGUGGACAACACGGUGAUGGAGAAACAGGUCCGGUCCACGCAGCCUCAGCAGAACAAUGAGGAGCUGCCCACGUAUGAAGAGGCCAAGGCCCAGUCGCAGUUCUUCAGGGGGCAGCAGCAGCAGCAGCAGGCGCCCGUGGGCCACGGUUAUUACAUGGCUGGGGGCACCAGCCAAAAGUCCCGCACUGAGGGGAGGCCCACGGUGAGCCGUGCCAACAGUGGGCAGGCACACAAGGACGAGGCGCUGAAGGAGCUAAAGCAAGGCCACGUCCGCUCCCUGAGUGAGAGGAUCAUGCAGCUGUCGCUGGAGAGGAAUGGCGCUAAGCAGCACCUCCCUGGCUCAGGGAGUGGAAAGGGGUUCAAGGCGGGAGGAGGACCCUCCCCAGCCCAGCCAGCCAGUAAAGCUCUAGACCCUCGUGGUCCUCCACCCGAGUACCCCUUCAAGACCAAACAAAUGAUGUCCCCGGUCAGCAAGAACCAGGAUCAUGGACUUUUCUAUAGUGACCAGCACCCUGGGGUGCUCCAUGAGAUGGUCAAGCCUUACCCUGCUCCUCAGCCCGCGAGAACAGAAGUGGCCGUCCUGAGGUACCAGCCACCUCCGGAGUAUGGGGUUACCAGGUGAUUAUCAAACCCAGAGGGCAACCCAGCUUUUCAGUACUUAGGACUUAGUACUAUCUUUAAUACUUAGAACUUUCAAAGCAUGCAGGGUUUUGGUCAUUGGUUUGUUUUUUUCUUCUGUGUAAUGUUUGAUAAGACAUUUUAGGGUAAAAAUAUGUAGGGUGAAACAGAGUAGAGGCAGCAGGGGUUUCCCAGCAGAAGACAGCUGGAGAUGGAGGAAUGCAAGGGAGGAACCUCCCUGUGAGCACCCUUGGGACUCUGCCUAGACACAUGCAAAGAGCAGCCUUCUUGGCUGGCUUUGUGGACAGCAUCCAGACUUCUGGAACAUAUUAUUACCACGAGUUUAUAGUCUCCUUCAUUGUAGAUUUUAAAGGAAAACAGUCUGACUGUUAGAAUGGAGGAGUUAAAGAGACUUCAACUGUUCAAGCUCCACCUUCAACAGAUGGGAAGCUGAAGCUUGGAGACUCAGGGGCUAGACUCAAGCCUCCUGAUGAACAAUGUCCUUUCACUCUCCUGCCCUAAUUCCUCUUAGAGCCUUCUAGUAUAAGUGUGUCUUCUGGCUGACUGGUGGAUUCAGCAGUGUGUACUCUGCAGUCUUAUACCAGGUUCACAUGGACCUUAGACCAUGGUUUCUGGGGAAACCAGUGUCUGAACAGAGCACUGCUGUUCAGGAGAGAGUUUGCAGAAAAUCCUGUGGGAACAGACAGAAUAGCAUGGCUCCUAACUGGAAGACUGGAGAGCGCUGCCCAGAGGAAAUGACAUUCAAUGUUGGGUGUUGAAGGAUUAAAAGAGCUUGUAGGGUGAGAUGGAAUAGCAGGGUGUGCUGUGCAGAAGAAACACCACUUCUGGAGACAGAAAGACCAUGUGGGUUUGUCUGGACCGAGGGGCAAGGGUACAGAGCACAAGUGGGCCAGGUGAGGUGAGUUGUGGCAGAGGAUAUGUUUGGACAGGGAAGUUGGGACCAGUUGGUGAAGGUCUUUGAGUGUAGAAUUUAUCCACAUGCAGUUAGGAAAUGUGUUUUAAGGAAGGGACUUCGUGUUGAUAUUUAAUGCUGACUUUGAUAAUGGUGCAGGCUGGAUUAAAGGAACAGAGAAAAAUUGGUGAGGAUGGCUGAGGUGAGUGAGAACAGAGGAUCAUCAUAUGUUAAGAGAGGCAGGGAAAUAGGACUGACAGCAUUCGAUGAGCAGUGGUUAGAUAGGGAAGUUGAGAAAAACGGCAGCUGAGAAUACAGCAACUGCAGUCAGGCUCUCUAGAGAGAAUUUGGGAGCAGCCAGAAUUUGGAUGCUUGUGUAGGAAGAAUAUAGAGCGUGAAAAGAGAAGACACAUGGCCCCAACUGUGUUAGAUGUAUCAUUCUCUAGGUUUUUCCACAAGAGGGUUUUCUCUAAGCCUGGGUGCCCUGCCCACCUUCUGGAAAAGGAGUGAGCAGACCUCUGCAGAGGCUCACAUCGACUUGAUCACAUUGGUUUACCAUGAUGUCACUUCAAAAUCAAACCAGAGCUUAAGCAUUUAACUCAGCCUCUAGAGGGCUUGCCAUGGGGUCAGAAUCUCCCUAAAGGAAGUUUCUUUCCUCCUCGCUCGCUUUACUUUGUUAAACGGGAGUGCAUAAACUGGGUCGUUCUGCUUGUUACUUAGCGAUAAGUAUAAUACGAGGUGUGCGAAGUGAUUGAUGGUGGGGAGAAGCACUUUCCCAAGGCGCCCAGUUACUGGUGGAAAGUGUCAUUUGUCUUGAAGUUAUGAUGUCAGAAAGAAGAAGAAACAUAUAAGGGAUUGAGCACACUGCCAAGCUUGGCCACUGGGUUGACAUGACACAUCAAAAUGCCCAAGAAGGUGUAACAGACAGGCAGUUGAGCCUGUCCCCAGAGCUGGCUAUAAGGCCACUUUGUGAGCCUGCCCAUGGCUAGCCAGCAUGGCUCCAGCACUGCAGCCCUUGGCCAACUAGGUAAACAAAGCUGCAUCCACACAUCCUGCUUCAGACACUUUUAACACAGUCUGAAUCCCAAGGGUUGAGCCUAAAACCCAGUAAUGGGUGAUAUUCAGCUUAUCUGUGAUCCAAGAGACAAGCAGCGUUCCUUUGAGUUUCACUGACAUGUUCCCUUGUGCCUAAAGGGUUAUCUGUUGGUUGACAGUGAGGGUUGGAAAGCCGCAGGCUGUUGGAUACAUACACACCAUACACACUGUAGCAUAGACUCCAUCAUUAGGGGAGAGGCCUCUGACUGAAUUCUUGGGGGUGAGCUAGCAUGGCUGGCAGAGAUGAAGCCCUAAGAACUGGACCUGCUGCCAGCAGGAGUGGCUCUGGUUUUCCUCUUGCUCCAUUUUUCUUUUCUCCCAACCUGAACUUGAACAUGGGGAUAAGAUGGUAAUUAAGCCUUUCCCAUGGAGAAUUGUGCCUUCCCCUCACAACCCUAAAGCAAGCAUUUGGGUAUUCUGACUCACUUGUGGAAACAGACAAGAGCUUCCAGAAGUGGUGGCUUGGCAAGGCAGUCAGCACUGUUGAUGGAAAUGACCAGGGGAUGAUCUGAGUUGAAUCAAAGCAGUUUGUAAAUUUGUCCAUGUUUCAAAAAAAAUUGAAUACUAGAGAUGCUAAGAAAUUACUUAUUAAUGCUACUUCCUAAUACAGCUGCUAACAUUGUCCUGCACACAUUAACCUUUUCAGGUUAUAAUCAGAUUAUAUCCAG